ACUUCCUUUACAUUACACUAUUACCUCAUCAAAUCGAUGACAAGUUAAACGUGUGGAUAUCAGUACUGACACAGAGGCUAAGAACUGGUACCUGCCACCUGAGAAGUUGGAUAUCAGUACUGACAGGUACUAUGAAGAUUGCCGUUCUUGGUGCAACAGGUCCCACUGGUUUGCAGUUUGUGUUGGAAUCAUUGAAAAAUGAGCACGAAGUCUUUGCUUUGGUGAGAAAUCCUGAAGGACUUAGCUCAGUAACGAACGAUAAACUUAAGGUGAAAGAAGUGGACAUCCUAAAAGAAGAUGACUUGGUGGAAACUUUUAAAAACACAGACGCCGUGGUAUCUUGUCUUGGAUGUCGACCAAGUUUUUUAGGAUGGUCUCCAAUCACAUUUUAUUUAGACAGCAUAAAACCAAUUGUCAACGCGAUGAGAACUGCAAACAAAAAACGUCUUAUUUGUAUGUCUGCUUGGGGCACAGUUAGUACACCAGAAGAACCAAGAAUAAUUAAAUACUUUUUGAGACCUAUUUUUCUGUCAAGUACAUUGAAAAGUAUGUCAGACAUGGAAGAUUACUUGAAAGAUUCUUGUUCGGAUAUAGACUACACAGUCGUGCGACCACCUGGGCUUACUAACGAUCCAAGUUCAGAAAAAGAAAUAAAAGCAGAGGAGGGACAAUGCAUUCCAGAUAUUGUCGGAAGAAUACCACGGCGUGACGUUGCAAAGUUUAUGUUAGAAUGUGCUAUCAGCCAUGACUGGAACCAGAAAUGUGUUGCUAUAGGACUUGAAACGUAAAGAAGACCAAAACCAAAUUCUCUUCUUUUCUUUAUUUAUAUUUCAUUGUUGUAAAGAAUGAUAUGAUAAUAUAUAUAAUAAAUCUUUCUCUAUG